GCCCAUCACGACCAGUUACACUCCCAGAGUCCACACCGACGUAUCCAUAAGAUCCGCACUUCGAUGAGCGCCACUGAUCUUUAUCUUCUCCAUGCCAAUGCGGUUCCGCUCAUGGCUGACGGAAGAGUGCUGCAUCUCGAGUUGCGGUCCGGCGAAGUGGCCAACAACAUCGUGACGGUCGGAAGCGAGGGGCGCGGCGAGAUCCUUGCGUCACUCUUAGACGGCAACACCGUGCACGCUGCCGCCGGCACCCCGAAGGAUGACGACAACAUCGACACCAACGACCACGACAACAAUACCAAAAACAGCAGCAACAGCAGCACAAUAACAUCCACCAGGCGAAGCAAGCGGGGCUUCGUUACCCACACGGGGAGCUACAACGGAGUGCCCGUGUCGAUCGUGCUGAUAAACAUGGGCUACCCAAAUAUGGACUUCUUCGUGCGGGAGGUGAGGGCGGUGACGACGGGACCGCUCCGCAUCAUCCGCCUCGGGUCUUGCGCCGGAUUGCGCCCCGACCUGCCCGUCGGCAGCGUGGCGGUUGCGAGCGAGGGCUCCGUGAUGAUUCGCCAAAAUCCGGACGCCUGGGAAGGGACGGCCACGAGAGGAGAAGCCCACGGCGAGCCAUACCUGUUCCACGGGGUGGCCCCCGCAGACGAAGAGCUGUCCGAAGCGCUGCUGAAGGAGCUCAAGAGCUCGCUGGAUGGCAAGGCGGGCGGCAGCGACGGCGGUGGCGGGACGGCCGUGGUGGGAUGCUUGAAUGCCUCGGCGGACAGCUUCUACAGCAGCCAAGGCCGUCUCGACCCAAGCUUUGAAGACCGCAACAGCGAUAUCUUGUCGAGUUUGCUAGAGCGACACCCCUCGGCGGGGAGCUUCGAGAUGGAGACGUUUCAGCUGCUGCACCUCGCCCGCCUCUGUCGAAAGAGCAAAGUGCAGGCGUCGGCCGCAGCCAUAGUGCUUGCCAACCGGAUCGCAGACGACUCUAUCGCAAUCGACAGGAUCUCACGGAUCGAGCGCGCAGCGGGGGAGGCCGCCUUGCGAGCUGUCACGUCCUUCGGCAACGCCUGAGAUACGCCACGGGAGGAGUUACGCAUUUCCAUGCGUUCUGGGAACUGUACGCGUGCCGCAUCCUCCUCUCUCCCCGUGGCUUUUGUGUUGGGUCGCCUUGUGCUUCUUUCUCGUCGUUGGUAGAAUAUCGGCUAGCUUGACGAGAUGAUGGCGGGCAUUGGAGGUCAUGACAACGGGAAAAAAAACUCCCCAAAAUUUUCAUUGCUACUGCCGUCGCGUGGUCGUGGGCGGCUACUCCGUUCGGUAACUUUGUCCAGCCGCUGGCGGGUUCGGCACACUACACGCCGUCACCGCUGUUACAGGUCAAUCGUGCGAAUUGGGCACGAGGUACAUACCUUUGUUACAAAGUUAUUGGUUCGAUGUCUGUUGGUAGACAGACUGUCCGCCCAUGUGCCUCUCCCUCUGGCUGCCCCUGGCCGCCGAUUGAUCGCCUCUUCGCUCCGUCGUGUGUAUGCUGUGCUAUACUAGUGGACCGCUCCCUGAUGAGAACCAGCAUGUAUUCUACAUGUUCAAACUUAACGUGUGACCCUUUUUUCGUUGUCCCAUAGCAGAGGAGCGGAGAACGUCAGCGUUAGUUACUGUUUUCGCAACAGUGCCGCAAGUUAGCCUCUUAUUUUUUCUACUUUUCGGACCACUGUUCUCUCGUGUCUAUACUGUAUUGCCUUCGUGUGUUGGGUAUUGUCAGCGACGCUGGCGGGAGAGUUGCCUGAUAAACCGGGGAAUUUGGGGUCUAGGGCCAAGAAAGGGUGCAUAUAAACCCCGCAGCCGGAGGAUCGAA